AAAUUGAAGCAGCGAGCUUGCCGACGCCGAUUGCAAUCGGAAAUUCAAAAUGGCGCUCCCUGCCAACUAUAAACACAACAUACCGGGUCCAUCGAUGCCACCCCAACGACUACGCCCAUCGGGCUCGGGUGCCGACCGGAAAGACAAUUCGAGCCCCUUCAUGCACAACCCGCACGGCAAUCCGGCGUUCAAUCCGCAGAAGAUGGGUAAAGCUUCGGCGGCGUCCGAAUCGAAGAUGAUCAAACCACCGAAACCACCCGAAAAGCCACUGAUGCCGUACAUGCGCUAUUCGCGCAAAGUGUGGGACUCGAUCAAGGCGUCCAAUUCCGACCUGAAGCUGUGGGAGGUGGGAAAGAUUAUCGGCCAGCAGUGGCGUCUGUUGCCCGAUUCGGAAAAGGAAGAGUACAUUGCGGAGUACGAGCUGGAGAAGGCGGAACACGAGAAGAACAUGAAAGCGUACCACAACUCUCCGGCCUAUCUGGCAUACCUGACGGCACGAAACAAGGUGAAACCGGGCGAUGGUGAUGGUCACGAGACUUCAUCGCGCUCCAGUUCGAAGGGUACGCAAGCGGACCGUCGUAUUGACAUUCAGCCGGCGGAAGAUGAAGAUGAUCCGGACGAUGGGUAUUCGUUCAAGCACGUAGCGUACGCACGUUUUUCGCGUAAUCAUCGGUUGAUUAAUGAAAUAUUUUCGGACGCGGUUGUGCCGGAUGUUCGUUCGGUUGUUACGACGCAGCGCAUGCACGUGCUGAAGCGCCAGGUGCAGUCGCUAACGAUGCAUCAAAUGAAGUUGCAACACGAAUUGCAGCUGAUUGAGGAAAAGUUUGAAACACGCAAGCGGAAGUUUGUCGAAUCGAGCGAAACGUUCCAAGACGAGCUGAAAAAGCACUGCAAACCGGCCGUGGAUGAGGAAACCUUUCAGAAGAUGGUUGACCGGCAGUACGAGAUGAUGAAGCGAGACCGUCUGCGGGCACUCGAGGAAGCACAGAAGCCGACAGCACCGGCUCCGACACCGGCACCGACACAGCAACCUCCGGCAGGGCCACCAAAGCAAGAGCCGGAACAAACGUCAGAACAGGCCGCUUCAAAUGAAUCUUCUUCUGCAGAGGCUGGUGAGGCACCGGCAGGAGCAAAUGCAGAAUCGACCGAAACGGCCAGAGAUCGGUCACCACCAGCAGCAGCCGUUUCGGAUGAAUCUCAAGGGUCACAAGAUUCUUCAGCUGGGGCACCACCGCAACAACCGCCAAUGGAGAAGAUGGACACUACGGAAGAAGCUAAGCCAGAAGCAAAAGAUGAAAAUGUGCCCGCCGGUAUGUCGAAAGCAACUCCAGAAGUGGCCAAAGAGCCAGUUGUACCGGCCCCGAACGUUUCAGUUGUUCCAGAUCAGCAAGUUCCAGUUUCGGUGGUACCUCCCGGUGUUCCUCCUGCUCCUUCCCAUCAUGCUGGAGCAAUUCCGCCAACACCGCCCACGGUCCCUACACCACCAGCGGAACCAAAACCGGAAGUUCCGCCCUCAUCAACCGUGCACCAUACUGGCCCUGCCCAGCCACCCGCACAUCAUGCUGUCGUUCACGGUGCUUAUCCUCCCCAUGGCGCUCCAGUAACUUCUGCGGCCACCGUGCCAACUCCACAUCAAGCACCGAUUGUACCCACACCACCUCCCCCAUCUCACACCCCGGAAGCACAGGUCCCACCACCAAACGUAACCGUGCCGCAUCAUCAGCCACCCCAUCCUCCUCCUCAUCACAUGCCACCGCACAUGCAGCCACACCCGGGCAUGCCAACACAUGGACCCACAUUCCCCGGCUAUCCGCACGCCGGUUCACCGCGUGCACCGUACUAUCUGUCGUCGUACGGAGCACACCCACAACCGUACGGCCAGUACGGACACUAUCCGUACCAUCAGCAGUAUGCACCACCGCCACCACCCCCUGGCAGCUACGUAACGGGAGCGGUUCGACCGCCGGGUGGACCUCCCGGACCGAUGGGACAUUACGGUGAGGUACAUCCGCAUCCGGAAGCACAUCACGGUUACGGACCACCACCACCGACGGCUGGUGGACCGCCCGGUAGUAUGGCACCCGGUGCACCACCACCAACCCCGACAAUGGUCACAGCAACGGCUACCGUAACGCCACCAACGGCGGUCCCGUCUGUCUCACAACCGGAACCAGGUGAGAUUGAGCCAGAAAAGGCACCGGCAGCGGUUGCACCCGCGCCUCCACCAGUAUCCACUCCGGCGUCCAAGAAGCGUAAGAAGGGUGGUGCUGCAGCAGCCGCCAAGCUCGACGAUGCCGACAAGAAAGACGAUUGAUCGUAUGC